GACGCGUGAAAAGCCGUUCGUCCGCCGUUUUUCGGAAUUCUUAGUGUGUUCUUAGUAGCUUGCACUUAGUGGAAGUGAGUAGUGAGCAAUCAGCCGUUGGUUUUUGGUUACUAGUAGUAGCGUGCGAGAUAACAAGUGCGAUGUUUCAGUUGGUGAGGUUGUAAAUAAUUUUUCAGGAAAGAAAAGCGCGCCGAAGUGGGGAAGUGGAAUAUUGUAGUUUUCCUGUAGGGAAGUAUGAAAGAAACGGGCCAGCCGGAAUCGAAGUGAGUGAGUAAGAAGCAGCGGAAGAAGAAUGGCAGUAGUCAUUGAUAGGUUGUAGUGCGUGGUGUCAAAGUUCAAAAAUCUCGCGAUCUUGACGCGGCGCGUCAAUAUUUGUUAGUCGUCAUCGCCGGCGCCGUGAGGUGCGAGAGCAACAACAACAACAGAAAAGGAGACAAAGAUUAGUAUUGAGGUAUCGCAGCAGGCUGGAAUUUCCGUGGUGGUCGCGCAUCGAUUCGAUGAGAACGAAGAACGAGAAUUCAAACCGCGACAGGCGGAUUGAGCGCGAAAGAGACACAAAAAUGGCAACGAUAAACGACCCUGGACCCGCUGCUAGUGGUGGUGGUAGUAGUAGCAGCAGCAGCAGCAGCAACAGCAUCAGUAGUAGCAGAUGGAGCGAAGGCGGUAGUAAAGUCAGCAGAACCAAUGCCAAAUUGCACCUGUUCCUGUCGGUGGCGAUAGCGUGGUUGGCCGCGUGCCUACUGUGCUCGCCAGUGCAGGGAUUCAACGUGGACACCGUGAACUAUGUCCUGCACGAGGGUACGGCCAAUUCGAUGUUCGGGUUCAGCGUCGUUUUGCACCAGGAACAGCAGCGAAGCUGGGUCAUAAUCGGCGCACCCACGGCCGAUACAUCCGCCUAUCAGGAAGGCGUCAUCAACGGUGGCGCUGUCUACCGGUGUGACAUUUCCGAUGACAACCGGUGCAAUCUGAUUCCGUUUGACUCCAAAGGAAACUCGUUCAACGAUAAAAACGAACAGGUUGACACCAAAUCGAACCAAUGGUUCGGCGCGACGGUGGCCAGUGCCGGCGUGGACGGUCCUCUGGUGGCCUGUGCUCCGCGAUACGUGUUCCAUCAGCUGCAGCCCCGGAAGGUGGAACGGGUGGAACCGGUGGGGACGUGCUACAUUGCCCGGAACAAUAUGCAGCAGUUUGACGAAUAUUCGCCUUGCCGAACGAUGUACUGGGGUUAUCACCGGCAAGGAUCAUGUCAAGCUGGUUUCAGUGCCUCGCUGACUAAGACUGGCGAUCGAGUAUUUGUGGGCGCCCCCGGAAGCUACUACUGGCAAGGACAAGUGUAUUCCAUUAAUACCGACGCUGUGUUCCCCUAUAAACCCCCGCGAUAUGGUCAGUUUGGCGAAGGAGGUCAGAUCUACUCGUUCAGUUUGAACAACCCCCGGGACAAGGUCUACGCGACGGGCGAGAGCACCUCGUCGGAGGACGAUUCCUACCUCGGGUACUCUUCGGCUACCGGGGACUUCAAUGGCGAUGGCACGAUGGGCGUAGCGGUCGGCAUGCCCCGCGGCGGAGGACUGCUCGGCAAGGUGUUGAUCUUCUCGUGGAACAUGACCAACCAGCAGAACAUUACCGGCGAGCAGAUCGGGGCGUACUUUGGGUACGCCAUCGCCGUCGUGGACGUAGACGGAGACAAGCUGGACGAUCUGAUCGUGGGAGCUCCGAUGUACACGGAACCGAACACCGAGGGCAAGUACGAGACGGGACGGGUGUACAUUAUCUACCAGGACAAGGUGAACAAAUUCCAGGAGGUGGAAACCCGCGACGGCGUGAACUCCAAGGCCAGGUUUGGACUAUCGGUGUGUUCGCUUGGUGACAUAAAUCUGGAUGGGUUCGGAGACUUUGCUGUCGGAGCACCAUACGAUGGACCAAAUGGAAAGGGAGCCGUAUACGUGUACCAUGGAUCUCCGAGCGGUCCCCUGCCGAAGCCGUCGCAGGUUAUCAUGGCUGAGGACAUCUCCGGAGCUUCAAGGAUAUCUACGUUUGGAUUCUCAGUCGCUGGAGGUAUCGAUCUGGACGGUAAUCAAUAUCCGGACAUGGUGGUGGGUGCAUACGAUUCGGACAAAGCCUUGGUGUUUAAGUCUCGCCCGGUAGCCGUGAUGGAAGCGAGUACCUUGUUUGAGACUGAAAAUAAACUGAUCUCACUGGAGGAUCACAACUGCACUCUCCGUGAUCGGAAGCAAGUGCCGUGUACCGUAGUCAACUCAUGCAUGAAAUACAACGGUAUCAACGUACCACCCACUCUGGACAUUGAAGUCUCCUGGGUGUUGGACUCGAGAAAAUCCCGAAACCCACGCAUGUUCUUCAUGAACGAUGAAGGUCGAAACAUCCGGAAUCAGUCGAUAAGGCUGUACCGAGGCAAGCUGGAGUGCAAGAGCGAACGCGUCUACAUUGGGGAGAACAUCCGAGACAAGAUCACUCCCUUGGAAGUGGAAAUGAAGUAUAACCUUCGACAGAGCAGUUACAGUACCCAGAGACGCCGACGAGCUGCCGUUGAACCGGUUCUGGAUCAGAACCGAGGAACCGUUCAGAAGGACUCGAUCAACAUCCAGAAGAACUGCGGUCCAGAUAAUGUUUGCAUUCCGGAUCUUCGGCUGCAAGUCAACAUGGUCGACGAAUACCUGCUAGGUUCCGGCAAGCACCUCGGAAUCGACAUCCUCAUCUCCAACUUUGGCGAAGACGCCUUCGAAGCUGGUUUCUACAUGACGAUCCCCUCGGAACUGAACUUCCGACGAGUCGAGAAGGUCGGAGAAAUCAAGGAUACACCCAUCCUCUGCACCACGCCUCCGGGAGCCACCAACGGUACACUCAAGUGUGACAUCGGAAAUCCUCUGUCCAGCGGAAAGGUCGUCAACUUCAAGGUGCUUCUAUCGCCAUCGAUCAAGGUCGGAAUGGCCCCGAGCUACGACUUCUACAUGGAAGCCAACUCCACGAACCCAGAGAUCGAAGGAUCCCAUUCAGACAACAUCUUCGAGAAAAGUGUCGGAAUCACCAUCAAAACGGACCUUUCCAUCUCCGGAGUGUCCCUGCCGGAGGAGUUCAUCUACAACUACACAGAGUACCGCACGUUAGAGGAAGCCGAAACCGAGCAUCAUCUCGGUCCUCAGGUUGUUCACAUCUACGAAAUCCGCAACGUAGGACCGUCCACCAUUGACGAGGCGGAAUUUUUCGUCCUGUGGCCUUACGAAUCCAAUGAGGGUGAAGCGUUGAUGUACCUGCUGGUUCCGCCAGAAACCAGCGGAAAUAUCAAAUGUCAACCGAGCAGCUACAUCAAUCCGAAGGAUCUGGCCAUUGAGAAUCCACGGAAGAGUGUCUUGGAAAAGGUCGGAGCCUCGUCGGGUCACCAUGAAUCGGCUUACAGGACGGAAUACCGAGCUUCCGGCUCUUCUGCGGGAGGUGCAAUUACGGGAAUUGCUCGUGAAACUACGCACACUAGUUCUUCUUCCGGUUCCGCCGGUUCCGGUUACCGUACAAGCUCUAGUUCCAGUUCGAGCUCCGGUUCCAGUUCGAGUUCCAGUUCCGGGUCGUCGUCUUCCUCUCGUGCUGGAGGGGCAGCGGUAGCACAAGGAGGACAUCGGCAGGAGGUCCUCACCGAUACGGAGCGUCGCCGGUUGGAUGAAGAGGAGAAUCAGGAAUCGACGGGAGAUGCCUCCUACGUUCACAGACAGCGAGCGGAAAGUGCCUCGGCCCAGGCUCAUUCACAGUACGCAGCGGGAGCCGCCGCUGGUGGUGGACAGCGAUACGGCGGACAAGGAAGCAGCAGUGGUGGUGCUGGAUCUUCCCGGGAAUAUGUUUAUUCGAGUAGUUGGAACUCGACGAGCGCCAAUGGGGGCCCAGCGGUGACGUACAGUGCCAGUCGUAAUCGCACGGUGUUCCGUGGCGAAGACGGCCGAGUACAGGUUUCGGAGAGUAGCACGGAGCAUUACGGGAAGUCGGUCGCGGCGUUUGCUGGCAUCGGUGCCGGUGCUGCUGCCGAUGGUCAAGUGCUGCACAAAGAGGACUUCAGUGACAUCUACCGACAGGAGGAAGCUAACAGAAGUUCGUCUGCUUCCAGUGGCACUGGAUCGUACCGAAGCGGAAGUGGCGGUGGCUAUCGGCAAAGUGCAAACAUUGACGCAUCCCGAUCUGGUUCAUCGGCGUCAUCGCAUAGCUCUUCCGCUGGUUAUGCUAGCGGAUCAUCAUCAUCCGCUUCGUCCUCCGGUCAUGGAAGUGGAAUCCACAAGAGCGAAUCGGUCCGAACCGAAGAGGUCAAUCAGGAUAUUUCCGACCUCGGUUCGCGCAGCCACGCAACUUUCCAGGGAGCAAGUGAAUCCAGUUUUGCGGAAGGUUCCUCCAGUGGCCGACGGCGCAUGAAGAGCCAACAGGAUGGGGAGCCCGCCCGACCGGAUUUGGUUACCGGGAUUUCAGGCAUCGGACGACUGGCUCAAGGUCAUGGAGGUUUCCAAACGUCUACGUUGGAUCUGGGAACGCUCAAUCGGCAGAACGUAGACGAAAAUGUGCGGAAGAGCAGUGGAGGAAGGAUUUCCGGAGGAUCCGGCUACGAGUCGCAUAGUAGUUCAGGUCACUACGGUGGGCAUCAACAGGGAGGGUCGUCGGCGUCGUCAGCGGCGGCAGGAUCAUCAACAGGAUCAUCUUCGUCGAGCCGAACUUAUUCCAGUUCUUCGCAUGCCUCGUCCGGAUCUAGCCACAAUCAGCACAGUGGUGGCAGUCAGCAGAGUUAUGUGCACAACCAGCAGAAUGCUGCCUACGGCGAUGAUGGUGAUGAAUACGUAGAUGAGUAUGACGAAUACUACGAACAUAACACCCAGAAGACUUCAGAUUCCAAUUACCGAGCUCAUCACUCUAUUGGUCAGCUGAAUCAAGGUCACGACAGUGUGGACCAGAAGUUCAAGUAUUAUCAGCAAUUUGACCGCCGACAGCGGCGUCAAGUGCCCGGCGUGGAAGACGAAAACGAGCGGGCCCUGAACGAGGCCCUGCAGUGCCGUGCUACCCGAUGUGCCAUCAUUCGGUGUAUGGCCGGCCCGAUCGGCGACAAGGACGUCGCCUUCAUAGCCCUGCGGUCCCGAGUGGUGGCCCAUACCUUGCACAAGAUCUCGUCCGGAACGACGAUCAACUUCUCCACGAUGACCGUGGCCCGCGUCACUCGGUUACCGUACAUCGGUCGGCCGAAGGAGAUGCCACUGAAGACACGUGAGAUCCAAGUCCAGGCCACGCCGGAACCUACUCCCAAGCCGGACGUCAUCCCGCUGUGGAUCGUGGUGCUGGCGGCCUGCGCCGGUACGAUUAUCCUGCUGUUGCUCAUCUACCUGCUGUCGAAGUGCGGUUUCUUCAACCGAAAUCGACCGUCGGACUCGCAGGAGCGGCAACCGCUGAAUCGCAACGGCAACUACCACGGUGACGAGCACCUGUAGAGCGAAAGAAAUGUUUCAUUUUUUUGUUUUAGAUGUUCACGCGGAAAAGCAGCAGCAGAUAAACAAACGCUUAAUUUUGAUGACGACAGCAAUAACAACAACAACAACAAAGGUGGCAGCAGCAGCAGCGAAUAGGAGGCCGAAAGUGGAAAGCCCCCAAGUACUGUAGAACAGUAUGAUUUUGGGUGAAAAGAAAAUUGAGAUUAGUAGUGAAGGCAGACCGCUUUCCGCUAUGGUUCCAAGAUCUGCCGGCUGUUGGGUUAGGUUCCUCCCAGAGGAAACAAGAGAUAAAGUAUCGAACUCGAACUGUAAUUUAUACUCUUACUCGAUCGUUUUGACUUAAGCGUGUAUAACUUAUUAUUUUCCUUUUUAAUUUUUCGACGAAAAACUCGUUGCCUGCCAAUUUGAGAGGAGGACCAACAGUUGUGGUUGGGCGUAGUAGGAAUAGAUCAAAGGUAUUUAAUUUUUGUUUACACAUAAUUAGUGAAUGUUCUUGCAAACAAGCGAUUCGUAAUAUGGUUGUUUAUAAGGUGUAAAACUAACUAGUCAAUUUAAUUGAUUUUUUUUAUUGAAUAAUUCUUCAUAACCGAAUCUCACCUGCAGCUUCUUGAAUUUGCCCUCAUCCCUACUACUUUUAAAUGUAAGCAUAAAUUAAUGAUUAAACAUGUAUGGUAGUGCAAUUAAACAAAUGACAAAUCUUAUUGGAAAUACCAAUUUCAAAGCAAAUCAGAGCAAUAUACUUACGUGGAAGUUUGAAGGACAAUUUAUAGUAGGCGCUGACUUUUUUUUUUUCUUUCUAGGUUAGGUUGUGACCGGGCAGCUGCCCUUUCUGUAGUUAUUUAUUGUUUAGGAUUAGUAGGAGAGAAUAUUUUUAUAUAAGUGAAAGCAAGUGCCUAAAAAACGAAACAAAACAAUGUAAACUGUAGUAGAAAUAGUGUUGAAGAAAUUUUUAUGAAGAAUUUUGGUGCCAUGGCAAGAGUUGGAAACUGUUGAAUCUCGUUAAAUUUGCGGACGGAAAAGUGUACAAUAUUCUCCACUGUAAAUUGUUUACUUAAACUAGCGACUCGUUUUGUAGGUAAGGUAAAUACUGAGCCAUGUUUCUUCCCGCGAGCAGAAAAUUAAUUUUCGCUGUAGUUUUAUUUUUUUGUUCUACAACUUAACCAAUAAUGAUCUUCAACGAUGACUGUAAAUAAUUUUUGUGCAAGCGAACAGAAAAAAAAUCGAAUGGAUGAACGAAAAUAAAUGAAUAACACCUGUAGCCU